AUGACGGGGAUCUCAUCUACCCACCCCUACUACCCCCUGGGGGCCAAUAUCGUCGGCUAUUCGCCCAACCAAUCUUCCGUCCUCGAGCUACUCGUCACAGCCGGCGGAGGUUGCGCGGCCCUUCUCGGAUUGACUCUUGCCCUGGCUAGUUAUGUGCGACCGACGCUCCAUCUGACCGAUCGGAUCGCGAUCCUGUGGUUUGUGCUCUCCGGCACGCUCCACUGUUUCUUCGAAGGCUACUUCAUGAUCAACCAUGAGCAUAUGGCCUCGGCCCAGGACUUGUUUGGCCAACUCUGGAAGGAGUAUGCUUUAUCCGACUCUCGAUACAUGACAUCUGACACGCUGGUGUUGUGCAUGGAGACGAUGACCGUGCUGCUGUGGGGGCCUCUUUGCUUCGUUGUUGCAUAUCUGACCGCAACCCGGCAUUCCUUGCGCCACCCCAUCCAAUUGAUCGUGUGUAUGAGCCACCUCUAUGGUGAUACACUGUACUAUGCCACCAGUCUCUUCGAUCACUACGUGAACGAUGUACCAUACAGCCGACCGGAGCCGUACUAUUUCUGGCUGUAUUACUUCUUGAUGAACUUCAUCUGGAUUGUGAUUCCGUUCUACUACCUGGUCGGCAGCAUCCGCACACUCUCGGCUGCGAUUCGGGCCCAGCAGGGGUCAGGCGCGAGGCGUAAAGCCCAAUAG